GCAGAAGGUCUUUUUUUCCUCUCCUCUCGUCGUCUCUCCCCCCAACCAACUUCUCUCCUGCAGUUCAGCUCUCGGUUCCUUGCUCCUCCAACUAUCCGUCCGAUCCACCCUCCCCCCGCCCCGCGAAACCCUAGCCCCACGCGGCCACCCGAGCUCCUCCCCGCCGGCGGAUGGCGACGGCUUGAUCGGCCCCCGGACACCCGCCCGUCUCCGCCUCCCGCUACCCCCGGCAUCUGAUGUUCCUCUCCCGCAUCGUCCUGCGCGACCUGGACUCCAUCGACUCCCCCGCCUCCAUGGCGUCCUCGAAGAAGCUGGUGACGCGCGACGAGUGGGAGCGGAAGCUCCGCGACGUCAAGAUCCGCAAGGAGGACAUGAACCGCCUCGUCAUGAACUUCCUCGUCACCGAGGGCUUCGUCGAUGCCGCCGACAAGUUCCGCAUCGAGUCCGGCACCCAACCGGAUAUUGACCUGGCGACCAUCACGGAUCGGAUGGAGGUGAAGAGAGCGGUGCAAUCAGGGAAUGUUCAGGAGGCCAUCGAGAAGAUUAAUGAUCUUAAUCCCACGAUUCUAGACACAAAUCCCCAACUUUACUUUCAUCUGCAACAACAGAAGCUAAUAGAAUUGAUUCGUGCGGGGAAAAUAAAUGAAGCUUUGGAGUUUGCUCAAGAAGAACUCGCCCCAAGAGGCGAAGAAAAUCAAGCCUUCCUUGAAGAAAUAGAGAAAACUGUAGCACUUCUGGUUUUUGAAGAUAUAAAAAACUGCCCGUAUGGGGAACUGUUGGAUGUUUCCCAGCGAUUGAAAACUGCAAGUGAAGUUAAUGCUGCCAUUCUUACAAGCCAAAGUCAUGAGAAAGAUCCAAAGCUCCCUAGCCUCCUAAAGAUGUUAAUUUGGACUCAAAACCAACUGGACGAAAAGGCAGCAUAUCCACGAAUCAAUAAUUUCUCUACUGCCACACUUGAAGAUCCAGCGAUUUGAGGCUGCUUGGGUGGUGAUGGCUAAGGAAUGUAGGCAACAUACCAUGACUAUCUUCACACAUUCUACCUCUUGGAUCUCUUGGAUCUGUUUGUGCUCGUCACCCGCAAGGCUGCAACAGUGAAUCCACUGCUUUCUUCGGUCUUUGAUCUCAAAUGCAAAAACGUGGAAUCAGAAAAAUUCUCUUGUUGUACAUGAUGUAGAAGAUAUUCAUCACAUUUGAAUCUGUGAAAAAUGUUCGAUUUUAUUCGGGUUCA